GUUCCCUUUAGAUGGUACCCUCCAGAAUAUUUCAAGCAUGAUUUCUAUGAAUUUGAAGGAGAUGUCUGGGCUUUUGGAAUCGUAAUCUGGGAGAUGCAUACAUUCGGCACUGUACCAUACCCUUAUUUGAAAACAUCAGCGGAAGUUGUGAGAUAUAUAUGUGCUGGCCGCAGGAUCCGAGACCCUGAAGAGUGCAGGCCAGAAAUGCUUCAGAUGAUGAGAGCCUGUUGGCAGGAGCCCUACAUCAUGAGACCUUCCUUUUUGGAUAUUGUCAGUGAUCUGGAGAAAACUCUGGAAAAUGAUCGUGAUUAUGUGAAUAUGGAGAUCGGCACUGUCAUUGUAACGGUGGAGUCUGAAGAUGGAGAUUAAUUAUUAUGCCUAUUAUGCUAUUAAUGAAUAAUUAUUAGGAUUUAAGAUCAAUUGUUGGAUGUAUAUCAUUCAGGACUUCAGUAGAUACAUGUAUAGGAUUGUUGGCCUAUUCAUCAGAAGGUUGUGAGCUUGAAUCCCAGCCCCACCAAGUCCCCACCUGAGUA